AUGUCCGUGGAACCAGCUAUACUCGAACAACUGUUCGGUCAGUUGAUUGUCCAAGGCGUCGAAACCGGGCAUCUUGGCGCUAUUUAUAAAACACUCGACGGUCAAUCGCUUUUGACGACGCAGCAUGUACACGACACGAUCAAAUCCUGGAUGACGAAUCACGGGAGGACGACAGCUUCGGACAUUGCACGCGAGUUGAAUGUUGAUCAGUCUGGCAUCCUCGACGUGUGGUCUGUGCUAGCGCCGCAGGAAAACUGGGUAAUGGCAGACGACGUGCUUAUGACGCGUGCAUACGUUGAUACUAUUCCAGAUGAGCUGCGUUUACAAAUAGAUCAAACAGGUGGCUACUUAUCCAUAAUCACGUUGGCUCAACAUCUACGCCUACCUUAUGGAUUCUUAUCUAAGCAACUGGAUUCGAACAUUUCAGACAAAGAUUAUGUGAAGCUCGCCCAGAUCCCCGAUUUGGUUUUGACUCUAGACUACUUUGCACAGGCCAGAAAUUGCAUCCUUAAGCCACUCAAAGAAGCUACAGAGCCCCUGUCGAUGUUUAAGCUGCAACGCUCCACUCUGUUGGAGAAUACUAUCCGCGAUAAUGAACUGGAAGGCACAUUUCGUGGGAGGCGCGAUAAAGCUGUGUAUGUGCCGCAUUCCUACAGGGACCGCCAAAUUACGUUGAUUACCUCCUUAUUUGAAGCAAGUGGCUAUAUUGAAUAUGAAACCGUUGAGCAGCAUUAUGGCUACACCAAUCCAAAAGAUUUACUGUUGCGUUAUGAUAGCAACAUUCAGCUACUCGACUCAUGUGCAGUUACUCCAUCUAUGCUGAAAAAACUGCAAAACAAGAUUGAGAAUAUAUCGAGCGGAUAUACCGAUAUAUCGGAACACGUGCCGUUUGUUUUUACUGCUGGUGAUACUGCGUCACUUUUGGAUGUCAUCAUUGCUCGUGUAGCAAAGAAACAGCGCCCAAUAGUACUUGGAUCACGAUUUGUUACUACCACAGAGUAUCUAAAGUCUACGGUUACUGCAGCACAAUCCUAUCUUGAUCGCCGUGCACUACAAGAAAUUCAGAAUGAAAAGAAACAGCAUAGUAGCAAGGGCAAAAAGAAGUUAAAUGAUGAAAAAUCAAUGGCAAAGCUGACUGACGAGGAGAUUUACUAUUAUCUCGUGGAGGAGCAAAAUCUUAUUAGGGAUUUUGCAGGCUGUACUGUUCCCAUGGUGAAAAAGUCUAUGCAACAAGCAUUUUCCAAGGCUCUUCAGACGGUAUAUGUUGCACCGUCUUUGUUAUCAAAUGAUGGGUUAGCGGCUCCUAUUCGACGUGAAAGAGACAUCCUUCGUGAGCUUCGACGGAAAAUAUAUUAUACCAGAGAAUCGGUUUUGUUAUUUGAUGAUGAAUCUGCUAAGAAAAGCAUGGAGAAAUAUGUGGUCCGUCAAUUGGGUUUACAAUUCCUAUUUCACCUGAUGAUAUUAAACUAUCUCGAAAAUGGCGAAGAUCCAGGGGACCUAGCUAAUGCUACUGCAGAAGAUGUCAUGAAGGAGAAAAUAGCCGUAUUUUUAAAAGAGCAGCAGAAUGAUCACUACGGCAUUGCUGGACUAACCACAACUGUGCUCAAUGGAAAGAAAGCAGAUGAAUUAAUUUCGUUCCUGAAGGCGCCACCAGACUUCCUUGCAGCUGAUACGCUGGACGAGAAUGCCCAAAAGGAAUCAUACAAUGGCGUCACUGAGGCAUUGAUUGACCAAUUGGAGAAUACGCCGGUUUCCUUAGCAUCUGCACCUUCUGUUCUUCAUCUGACAAGCAUCCUUUGUUUUCAGUCUCUGUACCACCUGCCACUUUAUGUAUCUGGCAAACAUGUGCCCCAUAUCAUCAAGCAGAUUGCGUCUCGGAUGGAUCCUGGUGAAGGACGGAUGUUAGAAAGUGCUCAAAACAUGAUUAUGUCAAGUAGGAAAGAUCCGUCACUGUUUGACCCUGAACUACUGGACAAUGUGCAUAAUCUUGCUGUUAAAAAUAAAGUAAAAUAG